CUGGCUAUAGUUCUAUCUUUUUUUGCUCUUUAUUUUCUUUAAAUAGUGCUUAUUUAUAAUUAUAUACAAAGUUUAUUUUAUAAAUAAGAAAUGGCUGAUGAAGAAGAAGAAAAGGAGUACAGAUGGGAAACUGGUUAUGAAAAAACUUGGGAGGCAAUUAAAGAAGAUGAUGAUGGUCUUGUUGAAGCAUCUGUUGCCGAUAUUAUACACAAUGCUAAAAGAAAAAGGCAAUUGGAAAGAAAAGCUGGCGCCAGAUUAGGAAUGAUGAGACAUUUAUACAUUAUUCUUGAUACUUCUGAAGCAAUGUCAAAUCAAGAUUUGAAACCAACACGUCUGCUAUGUUCUUUAAAGCUUUUAGAGGACUUUGUGGAUGAAUUCUUUUAUCAAAAUCCUAUAAGUCAAAUUGGUUUAAUUGUUACUAAAAAUAAAAGAGCUGAAAAAAUUAGUGAUUUAGCUGGAAAUUCAAAGAAACAUAUUAAGGAAAUAAAAGCUUUACAACAAACAUCAUUGGCUGGUGAACCAUCUUUACAAAAUUCUUUGGAGUUAGCUAUAAAAUCUCUUAAACUAUUGCCAUCGCAUGCUAGUAAAGAAAUAAUAAUAAUAACUGGAUCUCUUACUACCUGUGAUCCUGGAGAUAUUACUGAAACUAUACAAGCUAUGAAAUCAGAUGGUAUAAGGUGUAGUGUAAUAGGUUUAGCUGCUGAAUUAUAUAUUUGUAAGAAAGUUGCUACUGUAACUGGUGGAGAACAUGGCGUUGUUUUAGAUGAUAAACAUUUUAAAGAACAAUUAAAUGCACACAUAGAUCCACCACCUGCUGCUACUAGAUUAGAUGCAGCACUCGUAAAAAUGGGUUUUCCACAUCAUGCAUUGCAUUCUUCUGGUACUGAUACUUCAAUAGCAGUAUGCAUGUGUCAUGCAGAAAACUCGGACGGAUCUGUAAAAUUAACAAGUACAGGUUUCCUUUGUCCACAAUGUCUUAGUAAACAUUGUGAACUUCCAGUAGAGUGUAGGGCAUGUGGGCUCACUCUUGUUUCUGCUCCACAUUUGGCAAGAUCAUACCAUUAUUUAUUUCCAGUUGCACCUUUUAAAGAAUUAGAUUAUGAGGGCGAAUUUACAAUAUGCUAUGGAUGCCAAAAAACAUUAUCACAAAAAGAUAAAAAGAUCUAUGUUUGUGAAAAAUGUUCAAGAGUUUUCUGUAUAGACUGUGAAAUUUUUAUCCAUGAAUCAUUGCAUACAUGUCCAGGCUGUGCAACAAAUCAAACAACAUAUCAAAAAUUUACCGAUAAAUAAAUUGAUAUUAUAAAUAAUGUCACGUCUGAAAAUUUAAUUAUUAAUUAUCAAUUUAUAUUCAUGUAUAUAAAUUUUACUUGAUUAGAUUAAUAUCACAUUCCAUCAUUUUUGUAAGUAUUUAAUAAUAAAUAAAUAAAUAAUGUUAUCUUUUUUGUUUUCUGAGGAAUAAUGAAUUUAUACGAUAAAUAAAAAAUAAAAAGAUAUUUUUAUAUAAAAAUGAUAAGCUCGAUGGCUUGAAAUGUCUUAUAUAUUCGCAGAUUUUCAAAUAGUUCUCGUUUGAAUACAAACGUCCUUCUUCUCAAUCACGGUGGGAGGCAAUUCAAGUUUAUUAGCAUCUAGACAGGUGGGAGAGAGAGAGAGUCGUAAUAUUACUGUACUUAUUAGUUCACAGUCGUCCUCUGGUGUGACCGGUUCGAGCGUGAUUGACCUAGUCUCGCGAUUUUAUUAUAUGCCAGCUACGUGUGCGCGAUCCUAUAUUAAUUAAAUUUAUCUACAUAUGAAAUAUUGUCUGACUACAUUGUUUCUCUGUCUAAAGGGC